AUGAUUGAAGAAAUUAUUGACACGGAAGAAGAUCUUUUGAAGAUCAAGAUUUUAGACGAGAUUGUUACUACAAAGGAGGAAGAACAAAUGAUAGGGGACACAAUUUUGUUUCCACAAUUGGAAGAGAUAUCGCUUGCAAAUCUAGAAAACCUCAAUUGCUUUUGCUCUGGAAACUGUGAAUUUCAAUUUCCGUCAUUGAAUAAACUGGAAAUCAGCGGCUGUCCAAACAUGAAGACUUUCAGCUCUGGACCACUAAGCACAGGAAAGCUAGGAGAAGGAAAUAUAUCCAUUGGCGGACAAGAAUUUUGGAUGGGUGAUCUUAACACAACCAUACAAAAUGCAAGCGAACUCCUCAAACAGAAGAUUAUUAUGAACAAGAUGAAGAUGAUGAUGAUGACAAAGCAAAUAGAAGCAGCAGAAGAUGAUGAAGAUGAUGAGCGUGUCAAGCAAAUAGAAAGAGAUGAUGAAUAA